AUGAAAUCGUAAGCCAGAUUACUAUUAGAUAAAAUGGAUUGUACUCAAUUAAAAAUUAAAAAUAAUUAAAAACCCUCAACCUAAUUUAAGUUAAUGGUUUUAAGAUACCAUUGGAGUUUAGCAAUUAAUAAACUUCAGAAAAUCAUAAUUAAAAGAUGUUAUCAACCAUUAUUAAAUCUUUAGGAGGAAAGUCUUAAUAUGAAAAAAUCUAGAUCUCAAUAGCCAAGCCUUUUGUUCACAAACAAAAGUUUUUAACAUCUUCGAUAUCAUUCUCAAAUUGUAUAAUCUGAUUCCAAAAGUGAAGAAGAAAUAUCUACAAAAAGGCAAGAAGAACUUGAAACAACUUAAAAAAAUAGUAAUAGAAAUGAUAAACAACAGAAAACUCACAAAGUUGAAAUUUUACAAAUUUAAUAAAACGAUAUAAAAGAAUCAGCAUACUUUCGCACAUAAAGUAGUCUUGAUUAAUUAAAAUUUAAUGAAGAAUUUUUGGAUUUGUUUAAAAAAUAGAAAGAAGUAUGUCAUUUCGGUUAUUUAUGUAAUAUCUUGUGUUUAAAUUUAGGUUAAACUAAAAUUAAAGAGCAGGAAAUACUUAUUAAAAAAAUAUUAGACAGUAGACCUUCUAAACCUACACCAGAUAUAAAAACUUUCCUAUCUCUUAUUAAGAAACCUCAUGUUGAAAUUGAAUAAAGCAAACCAAAAUAAUAAUAAGAAUUUGUACUACAUUUAAUAUUUGGGAUAUUUUUAUUAAUUUUUAUGAGUAUAUAUAUAGUAAUUUGA